AAUUCAAAGAAGCAGGCGUUGGGAUUUCGUGAUUCGGAGAGAAAUCGAGUCAAAUGUGCAUUGUGCUAUUGCCGCAGUCCCGUGCAAUUUGAAGGUCUGAAGAGUAAGUGUUUUUAACUAGUGUGUCAGAAAAACCCAACCCUGUCCUCGUUUGCGAAAUUGGGGGUUUGGGUCUGAAGUGAAAAAUUAGGGUUUUGGUGAAUCCCCAAAAUGUCGGCGGGCAAACACAGAGACCGUGACCUUCAGGUGGUUGCAGCGCCGGGAAAGUCGAAGCCACCCCUACCACCGGCAGCACCAUCAUCGAAUGCGAUAGUGGAAUAUACUCCGGUUGUUUUCAAGGAGGAAGAGGAGGACCUGGAAGUCAAGCUCCGGCGGAUUAUAGACAAUGUGCCCGUUCGUGUCAGCAACACUUCCGGUAGUUCUGCGGGUUCAGGUUCCGGUGACUUCCAUCAGUAUCGGCAGAUGAGACGAAAGGAGCAAGAUCGUCUUGCUAGGAUGGAAGUCGACUAUCAAAAACGGAAAGAGGUGGCAGAAUUUAACAUGAGAAGGGAGGAAAGAAUAAAAGCGGCCGAGGAACGGACAGCAAAGAAGCGAGCAAAACGUCAAAAGAAGAAGCAAAGGAAAAAGGAGAAAAAGUUCAAAUUAAAUUCUGGAGAACAGCAGCAAGAGAAAGAAGAUUCUUCUGGUGAUGGAGACUCUGAUAACGAUGAGGAGGCAGAACCUUGAAACAAGCUUUUGUUGUGCCCAAACUCUUAAAAUUUGGUUCAAGGUUGGUGGGCAAAUCUGGCUUUAGAUAAAAGACAGUCAUGACUCAGCAUUUCCAUGUUGUAUCACGUGUGAGUUGUGACUGUUCGAAGGGUAUGAUUUAUAUUGUUUCAGGCAAAAUAUUUGAUGGGUUAGAGAACAGAUCUUAGAAGCUUUUUAUUUAAAAGGAUCCAGCUUGCCACUGUGGAGUGAUGUAGCAUAUAAUCAUAUGCUAAACAUCACAAAAGAAAUAUAGUACAGAUCAACUUAUUGCCUGGUUGGAUUAAUUUCAUUCUGAUGGUAUCAGUGUAUGUUUAACAUUUUAUUAAAUUAACUUUGCAAUGAGGGGAAUUAUUUUAUG